AUGGCAAGUGCCGCGGCAAAAUCCGUCCGCUGCAGUGAAAAUUUCAUUGCCAUUGGAGAAUUAUGCGGAGGACUUUGCAUUUUUGUCGGCCUUGCUCCCGUGAUCAUGCUUGCUAUCCACGGGAUACAUAGCUGGGCUGUGGGCCAGGACGACUUCGAGGUGGCAAAUAUGAGGAGCUUCUCUCUGCAUCCCUUGCGUGCCACUUGCCGCUACGAAGUCUACACGGAGGAGAGCGACUGCGCAAGGGCAGGCUUGCAAGAAGUCUCAGCGGAGACGGGCGUGCCUUUGUUGCAGUGCUCCAGCUGCCGAACUACAGAAGUCUGUCAGCGGCAUGCUGAUUGGGAGGAUGUGCACAAGCCGCCCCUCAGACUCGUGGCCUACAUCACGUUGCAUGGCCGCGACAGUCGCUCCUUCAACGUUGUUGCAGCAGGUGCGUGGGUCCUGGAUUCUUGCCGUGUCGGACAGAGCUGGGUCUGGCACGCGCAGAUCCUGGCCUUGGGCAUCUUCUGCACUUGCCUUGGCUGCCUUCUUUGCCACCUUACCCGGCCCGCGCCGUUCAGGACAAGCGGAAGUCUACGGAGAAACAGGAGAAACAGUCCCGACGUUCCCGACGGCGAGUGGUAUGACUACGACAUGGUGCAAGUUGUAUUUGAGCAGAUGCUGGAGCUGAAGAAGCUCCAGAUGCAAUGCGAGGACAAGGAAAUCAACGAACAAGUGAGCGAAGACGAGGGCGAGGACAAGUCUGGCCCCCCCAGCCCGCAGCUGCAGCGACACAGCGGCAGGAUGUGCGAUUGA